AUAAAGCAAGGAUGAUUGCUGAGUUGUCUCUUCAGUCCCCAAUCUAAAUUAGGUACGGAGGGAUUCUAACGGUUUUUGUGGGAAGAUUUGAUGCUGUGAAGGGCAUCUGGACCCGUUUGCACCCUGACUCAUUUUCAGUCCGAGCUGUUUAUCUAUUUCCCGUAUCGCAUCGGAGCGGCGUAAAAUGGUCUAAGAAGAGGAGUGAACAUUUGUGAUAUUUUCCAAGAAAAAGUAGCCUAUCCAGCUCAGCGCAGAAGAGUUGCCGUCUGAACCGGGGUCGUUUUAAAGGAUUGUGUGGACCACCCUGUCACCACAUCCACGUAUGUCGCUUUAAAAGCGGGAAAACAACGAUCUGGCGUUUUAAGAUGGACCUAAAGGUACUUUUUAUAGCAACUCUCUCGGGGAUAAUUUGUUACAGCUGUGCCCAGCAAGAAGGGAAUGACUGCAUCAAGGCCAAUGCAAAAUCCUGUGGAGAAUGCAUUCAAGUUGGAGAGAAGUGCGGGUGGUGUACAGACCCAGAGUUUCUGAAGCAGGGAGAGCCCACGUCAGCCCGCUGCGAUGAGCUGGAGUCGUUGAAGAAGAAGGGAUGUAACGUGACUCUGAUUGAGGACCCCCGGGGGAGUCAGACCAUCAACAAGGACGUGCCGGUCACCAACCGUAAUAAGAACGGGGCGGAGAAACUCAAACCCGAGGAGAUCACACAGAUCCAGCCACAGAAGCUCACCCUCAACCUCCGCUCUGGUGAAGCCCAGUCCUUUAAUCUCAAGUUCAAAAGGGCAGAAGACUACCCCAUUGAUCUGUACUACCUUAUGGACCUCUCUUUCUCCAUGAAAGAUGACUUGGAAAAUGUUAAAAACCUGGGAACAAGUCUGAUGGUAGAAAUGUCAAAGAUUACCUCAGAUUUCAGAAUUGGGUUUGGCUCCUUUGUGGAGAAGACAGUCAUGCCCUACAUCAGCACCACCCCAGCCAAGCUCCUGAACCCCUGCACCGGGGACCAGAACUGCACCAGCCCCUUCAGCUACAAGAACGUGCUCAAACUGACCAGCGACGGGAAGCAGUUCAACACUCUGGUGGGCCAGCAGCAGAUCUCUGGGAACCUCGACUCCCCCGAGGGCGGCUUCGACGCCAUCAUGCAAGUGGCGGUCUGCGGCGAAGCGAUUGGCUGGAGGAACGUGACUCGCCUUCUUGUGUUCUCCACCGACGCUGGCUUCCACUUCGCAGGAGAUGGGAAACUGGGCGGGAUUGUGCUGCCCAACGAUGGGAAAUGCCACCUGGAGAACAACAUGUACACCAUGAGUCACUACUAUGACUAUCCCUCAAUCGCUCACCUGGUACAGAAACUCAGCGAUAACAACAUUCAAACCAUCUUUGCCAUCACUGAGGAGUUCCAGCCCGUUUACAAGGAACUGAAGAAUCUCAUUCCAAAGUCUGCCGUCGGGACUCUCUCUGCCAACUCCAGCAAUGUCAUCAAUCUCAUUAUUGAUGCUUACAAUUCCCUGUCCUCAGAGGUGAUUCUGGAGAACAGCAAGCUUCCCGAUGGGGUGACGAUCACAUACCAAUCCCGCUGUAAGAACGGCGUGGUGGGAGAAGGAGACAACGGCAGGAAGUGUUCCAACAUCUCCAUCGGGGACGAGGUGUCAUUCAAAAUCAGUGUCGAAGCACACAAGUGCCCAAAGCACGGCCAGUCAGAGACCAUCAAAAUCAAGCCCCUGGGUUUCACAGAGGAGGUGGAGAUUGUCCUCAACUUCAUAUGUGAGUGCGACUGCCAGGCUGGUGGAGAGAAGAAUAGUCCCAUCUGUCACAACGGGAACGGAACAUUCGAAUGUGGGGCCUGCAGGUGCUAUGAAGGGCGCAUUGGCAGACAGUGUGAGUGCCGCACCGAUGAUGUCAACAGCGACGACCUGGACGCCAACUGUCGGCGUGACAACGGCACUGACAUCUGCAGCAACAAUGGGGACUGCAUAUGUGGCCUGUGCGAGUGCAAGAAGAGGGACAACCCAGAGGAGCGCUACAGCAGCAAGUACUGCGAGUGUGACAACUUCAACUGCGACCGCUCCAACAACAAGCUCUGCGGAGGGCACGGUCGCUGCGAAUGCCGGGUGUGCAUCUGUGAAGCUAACUACACGGGCAGCGCCUGCGACUGCUCCUUGGACAACACCACCUGCCACGCCUCCAACAAGCAGGUCUGCAACGGGCGGGGCAUCUGCGAAUGCGGCACCUGCAAGUGCACCGACCCCAAGUUCCAGGGCCCCACCUGCGAGAUCUGCCCCACUUGCCCCGGGAUCUGCGCAGAGCACAAGGACUGUGUGGAGUGCCGGGCCUUCGGGACAGGGGAGAAGAAGGACAAGUGUGAGGAGGAAUGCAGCUACUUCAAAAUGAUAAAGGUCCCGGACCAGGACAAGCUGCCCCAGCCCGUGCAGGCCUUCCCCCUCAUGCACUGUAAGGAGCGCGCCACCAACGACUGCUGGUUCUACUACACCUACGCCAUCAACAACGACACCGAGAACGAGGUGCACGUGGUGGAGACGCUCGAGUGCCCUACGGGUCCUGACAUCAUUCCCAUCGUCGCGGGCGUGGUGGCGGGCAUCGUGCUGAUAGGCCUGGCGCUGCUCCUCAUCUGGAAGCUGCUCAUGAUCAUCCAUGACAGGAGGGAGUUCGCCAAGUUCGAGAAGGAGAAGAUGAACGCCAGAUGGGACACGCAAGAUAAUCCCAUAUACAAGAGUCCUAUUAAUAAGUUCCAGAAUCCAAACUAUGGACGCAAAGCUGUGGCUCUAUAAGUUUUGAGGCGAGAAUCCCAUCUACAAGAGUGCUGUGACAACUGUGGUCAAUCCCAAAUAUGAGGGCAAAUGACGGAGCCUCUGUUCUCUCAAUACAACACUGUAUGCAAAAUAGUCCACGGGAGGGGACGGGCAAAGGCGGGUGGGUUUUUUUUGUUUGUUUGCUUGUUUUGUUUUUUGUUUGUCUUUUCCUUUUUUUUCCCCAGUUUAAUUUGUUUUUGUAGAUACAGUAUUAUCAUAGCAUUAGGUCACUCUUUCCGUAUGUUUUACUAAUCAUAGUUUUAUUUUGUUUAGUUUUUUCUAUGCAUCAUUUGGGGGAUAAAAUGUACAGUAUGUGUAAACAUGGAAUUUACGAUUUCAGUUUUUCGGCGUUGAUACUUUUAAAUCGUCUGAAAUUGUUUUGCCACAGGACUGGCAAGGAGACCUAAGGUCAUAUUGUGCCUUUCACAGAACACAACCCGUACGGACAGGGGGAUUCAUUUUAUACAUGGAAUUUUAGGCAGUGUCAUAUGGGACCUGAGUUUAGAACAAGACCUCUAGCGUUGCGCAUCAUGAAGUGGCCCAAACAGCCAUACAGUGGUGCAGUGUGGGGUUGUGUGUUAGUAGAUUCUGUUCUGAAUAAAGAUGCAAAUAAGGAGAUUCUUUUCUUUUUCAUUAUUAGAAUUAUUAUUAUUGAAACAUUCGAUGGAAAUGUUAAAAUGUGAGGAAAAAUAUUUGUCAACAGAAUCAUGUCAGUUAAAAUAAUAGGCAGCAGUGUACUGGAAGUAGGUAGAAAUUUCUCAUGUAAAAAAACUCAGGUCCUUUUCGGUGUUCAAAUUUUAAGCUAUACCAAAUAUAGCUGCCGUAUUUGCCUUAUUUGAUUUGUUUUGCAUCAAUCGCCUUAAGCUAAUUUGUUUUUGAAAGGGUACAGAAUGCCUCAGCGGUCAGAGCUUGCGUGUUUGUAUUUUUGUAUUGUUGUUGUUUAUUUGUUGCAUUCUGAAGUGAAGAGGCUUGGUCACUCUUUUCCACAUGGAACAUGAACAUGAACCAGCACAUUACUGUUUGAAGAUCAGUGUUAAGGGAAAGGCCCUCUUGGACUCUUAAAGACUUUUAACGGCACAUGUACUCCACGCGUUGUUUUCCUGUUUAAAGUGCCUUUUUCUUUCUGCAUUAUGUUCACUUUUGCAAUACUGUCUCUGAAGUUAUUUAUUAAAGUACCAAAAAUGACCAUUA